AUGGCAUCGUUGUCUAGGACAAUUGCUGGGACCCCCUCCGUGACGAGCAUCCCCCUGUUCCUGGCACCAGCUUUCGCACGACCGCCCACUACCGCAGCGACAUUAUCAACUCCCACCCUUCGAUCAUAUGCAACCAAAAAGGCGGAAAAGAAGACAGGUCACACAAACUGGGCGUUACAUGCGCGUCCCAAAAUCGACAGGAACAAGAAAAGAGGCGUCUCCGCCAUCAAACGGACAGGACCCAGGAGCAUGCGAGGACUGUGGAAAUAUCCCCUUCCGGUGCCUGUGGCACGAGAUCACAGGGGAACGGCAGCGGACUAUGCAGACUCUGAUGACCAUGGACUCUGGGGGUUUUUCGAUAAGUCAAAGCAGGCGCUGCUUCCCCCCGAUGAUGAGUCGAGUCAUGGACGGGCUUGGACGUACAAGGAACUGUCCGCCAAAUCGUUUGAAGACCUCCAUAAACUAUACUGGGUGUGUGUCAAGGAACAGAACCGAACCUUGACUCGAGAAAAAGAGAGACAACGUCUGAGGGCGGGCUACGGGGAAGUGGAAAGCGAAGAGAGAGUCGCUGUUGUACGAGAAACGAUGACCCUUAUCCGAGAAGUCUUGGUCGAUCGCCAGUUGUCAUACAACCAAGCCCGAAUAUUGGUUGGUCAGAAAGAAGUGGCCGAAAUUCUUGAUGAAACACGGUCUGUUCUGGAGGAUGACAAUCAGUUGGAGCCGACGGAAUCAACCCCACAACGGCAAUGA